AUGCUGACUGCUGCCCUACCACUGCUGAUGGUGGUGGCAGUGGUUGAAUUUCUCAUUGGCUUGGUGGGAAAUGGAGUCCUUAUGGUCUGGAGUUUUGGUGAAUGGGUCAGAAAAUUCAACGGGUCCUCAUACAACCUCAUUGUCCUGGGCCUGGCUGUCUGCCGAUUUCUCCUGCAGUGUCUGAUUAUGAUGGACUUAAGCCUGUUUCCAUUUUUCCAGAGUAGCCGUUGGCUUCACUAUCUCAGUAUCUUCUGGAUCCUGGUAAGCCAGGCCAGCCUGUGGUUUGCCACUUUCCUCAGCGUCUUCUACUGCAGGAAGAUCAUGACCCUUGAACAUCCUGUCUGCUUGUGGCUGAAGCAGAGGGCCUAUUGCCUGAGUCUCUGGUGCCUUCUGGUGUACCUCAUGAUCAGUUUGUUACUUGUAGCACACAUUGGCUUAAAGCCCUAUAAUCCUUCUCAAGGCAACAGCAGCAUUCUGUACCCCCUUAAAAGCUGGCACUACCUGUAUAUAGUAAAGCUCAACGCAGGAAGUGGAUUGCCUCUCAUGGUGUUUCUUGUUUCUUCUGGGAUGCUGAUUGUCUCUUUGUAUAGACACCACAAGAAGAUGGAGGUACAUACAGCUGGUAGGAGAGAUGCUCAGGCCAAGGCUCACAUCACUGUACUGAAGUCCUUGGGCUGCUUCCUUAUCCUUCAUGUGAUUUAUAUCCUGGCCAGCCCCUUUUCCAUUACCUCCAAGUCUUCUGCUGAUCUCCUCGUUGUCUUCAUCUCUGAGACAGUCAUGGCUGCCUAUCCUUCUCUUCAUUCUGUCAUUCUGAUCCUGGGGAAUCCCAGGAUGAAGCAGACUUGUCAGAGAAUUCUGUGGAAGACAGUGUGUGCUUGGAAAUCCUAG